AUGAAGAUCAAACAAAUAGGUAAACAGUUAGAAAAGAGAGGUGAAAUUAAGGAAGCACUUAAUUAAUGGAAUUAGAAAAUAUUAGAAAAUUUAGAAGAUAUAAGGUUCUAUGAAUAAAAAAGUAAUUGUAAAAUUAGAUUUAGCUGCUAUUUUAAUGAGAAAUGAUGAAUAUGAAGAAAUAAUUAAAUGCUGGGAUUUCGGAAUUGAAAAUAAUAAAAAUAACAUCUUAUUUUAUAAGGCAAAAAGUAUUAAAUAAAUUUAUAAAGUAAAUACUUUAAAGAAAUUGGGUAGAGAUAUUGAGAUUAUUGAAUGCAUAAAUAAAUGGAUGCAUUUAAACAAUAAUUGUAGUUUGGUUGACGAUGGAAUUCCUUAAAUUUCAAGUUAUAAAUUUGAAAGUAUAAGUUUAGGGUUAUCAUUUAGUAGUUGUUAAUAAAUGUGAUGAAUAAGAUUGGAUAAUAAAAAAAAAACUUCUUUGUUCAAGUAGUAUAAGAGAAUAUAUUGAAUAUAGUAAAUAAAGAUAAUUACAAUUAGCUAAUAUUUUAAAAAAGUUGGGUAAGGAUAUAGAAAUAAUAUAAUGUUUUGAUUGGGGAAUUAUGAAUAAUAUUGAUAACAUAGAUUUUUAUUAUGCAAAAUGUAUUGAUAAUGCUUAAAUAAUAAUAGCAAUGUAUUUAGAAUCAUAAGGUAAGAAUUAAGAAGCUAUUGAUUGUUGGAAAUUUGGUAUCUAGAAAAAUUAGAAAUGUGUGAAAUUUUAUGAAUCUUAUUGUAAUUUUAUAUCAAAUUAGCAAUUCUUCUAACAAAAUUGAAUAGAAUUUAAGAAGUAGUUGAUUGUAUGUAAUUUGGAAUUGAAUAAAAUCCUAAUUAAAUUACAUUCUAUGCUAAAAAAGGUUGUUUUAUCAAUAUUUAUUAUAUUAGUUAAUGCAUUAAUUGAAUUAGGAGAAUAAUAAUAAGUUAUUAAUUGUUUAGAUUAUGGAAUAAGUUAGAAUAAAUAGAAUAUAAAUUUCUAUGAUUAUAAAUGUAAUAAAGAGUUCUAUAUAAUUAGGUAGAAUAUUAAAACACUUAGGAAGAAAUUAAGAUUGUAUUGAAUGUCGAGAACUUGGUAUCUAAAAUAAUCCUGAUAAUUUUGAUUUUUAUUAUAAAAAAGGCAUUUAAGUCAUAAAAUGAUUUUUAGCUUGUGAAUUAGAUAAUUUAGAUAGAGUAGAAGAAUAACUAGAAUGUUGGUAACGUGGAAUAGAAAUUAAAAAAGAUUGUAUAAGUUUUUAUCAGCAUAAAUGUAAAUAGAAUUUAUAUUAUUAGUUAAUAUUUUAUGGAAAUUAAAAAGAUAUGAAGAAGCUCUCUAAUUAUGGGAUUACGGAAUUCAAAAUAAUAAUUAAAAUGAAAAGUUUUAUUAUUAAAAAGGUAGAAAUAUUAAUAAUAUCAAUAUAGCUUAAACUUUAGAAAUGUUAGAAAGAAAUGAAGAAAUGCUUGAAUGUUGGGAUAAAGGAAUAUAAAUUAACCCUAAUAAUGUAGAAUUUUAUAAAGAAAAAUGUAAAUUGUAAUUUAUUUUUAGGUUAUGCUUUAAUGAAAUUUGAAAAGUUUGAAGAAGCUGAUGAAAGUUGGGUAUCAGGUAGAGAAGAUUCCAAUAAUUCUCAUAAUUAAUUAUCAGAUAAUGAAGAGAGUAUUUUACAAUUUAUAUUUAGAUUCCCCAUUAAAAUUAUCAGAAAAUGCUGAAAAAGCUCUUAAAUGUUGGGAUUUAGGAUUAUCAAAUAAUCCUCAUAUUUUAGAAUUUUAUAACGAAAAAAGUAAAUAAGAUUCUGAUUAUUUAAGUUAGAUUGUUAAAAAGAUUGGGAAGAAUAAAAGAAGCUCUAACUUGUAGAGAGUAAGGUAUUGAAAAUAAUGAGAAUGAUCCUGAGUUUUAUAUGAUGCUUGGUAAUAUAUAUUAUAAUAAAUAGCUGAGGAUUUAAAACAUGAGAAAAAUAUUAUAGAAUCAAUAAAUUAAAUUGAUUAAGGAUUAAAAAAAUGUGAUGAUUCAAGAUUAUAUGCAACUAAAUGUUUUUAUUUAAUUAAAUCAUUAGGUGAAUCAUUAACUAAAUUGAAAUCACUAAGAAAAGCAUUAAUAUAUUUUCGUCUAUCAGAUUCUGGGAGAUAUUUAGGAAGAAAGUUAAAAUAUAAUUUAUGA